AUGAAUAUUUUGACGUGUUUGUGCUACUUAAUAUUAUUCUUAAAAGUUAAUGAGUGCAAUGCAUGUACACCUUUCGAUAGAAAUAUCAUCAGUGAGAAGCGUGAUGUCGAAAACUUCAAGAUAUUCCUAAAAAAAUUCGCGUUGAACCAAAUUGACCCUUUGCCCGUGUUCAAUAACGUCACAGUACCAGAUUACCAGAAGAUUAUAGAAGAAUUCCAAAACGGAAAGGCCAACCCCGAUGUUCAUCUGAACUUCACUCAAUUGGUGACUAAAUACGGGUACCCGGUGGAGCGUCAUGAGGUGGUAACCGAAGAUAAAUAUUGUUUGACGUUGUUCAGGAUUCCGAACCCACGUGCCCCCGUCGUGUUCCUAAUGCAUGGAUUGCUUGGCAGCUCUGAUGAUUGGAUUGCUGCUGGAACUAGGAUCGGCCUCGCCUACGUGCUUGCAGACGCCGGUUAUGACGUCUGGCUCGGUAACGCUCGAGGAAAUCGUUACUCCAGAUGCCAUUUGAAGCUGUCUCCCGAUUGUGGAGAGUUUUGGGAUUUUAGCUUCGAUCAGAUUGGCCGCUAUGAUCUUCCAGCUAUGAUAGACUACACAUUAGAAAAAACAAUCACAAGUAAACUGUUAUAUGUAGGCCACUCUCAAGGCAAUACUGCAUUUUAUGUGAUGACUUCAGUGAAACCGGAAUACAAUGAAAAAAUAUCGAUCAUGGUCUGCCUAUCUGCAGUCGUAUUUAUGACUCACGUCAGAAGUCCUCUGGUCCAUGUUGUAGCUCCUUUUAUUGGAGACUUAGACAUUCUGGCCAAAGUCCUCGGAGUUUAUGAACUUAUUCCACGUGAUGCUGUUGUUAAUGCUGUUACUUCAACUUUUUGUGGGUCACCAGACCUUGCUGAAAUAUUUUGUCAGUUUAUCAUGUUUUUGGGUUGCGGGUUUAAUUACUCACAGAUCAAUUCAACCAUGUUACCGGUAGUUUAUGGCCAUUACCCUGCCGGUGCGUCAACAAAGCAAGCUAUUCAUUAUACGCAGGGAGUAAUUUCGAGUAGAUUCCAAAAUUACGAUUAUGGACCUUUGCAAAACAUGCUUGAGUACGGUGCAGCUGUACCACCUGACUAUCCUUUGCAAAACGUGUCCUGUCCCAUAGCGCUGUUCUACAGCACGAACGACUGGUUGACGAGCACCGCAGACAUUGUCAGGUUUUUAAAUAUAGUGCCAAAUGUUGUUGAGUUUUAUCGUGUCCCAUGUGCAUUAUAUGACCAUUUUGAUUAUCUGUUUGCUAAAGAUAACGAUAUUCUGAUAAACCGAGAAGUUUUACGAAUAUUAAAAGAAUAUGUUGACUUUUAA